GAUUCAUAAAAAAUAGUAGGCUAUAAAAGUCACUCUCAUAGUAGCUUAGUAGUAGCCUAUAGUUAUAGUUUAUAGUCAAGUGAAUUUAGUCUAGUUUAGUUGUAGUCAAAUUGACACAUUUUAUAGAAUUAUGAGAUAGAGCUAUAAGUAAGUGUUUUUUGCAUUUAUUAAAAUAAAUAUUGAUUAUUUUAUUAUGAUUAAAUUAAAUUUUUAUUUUGAUACUGAUACUUUUGACAGCUUCAUCACAGUUAACAAUUAUCAUAUCAUAUAAUAUAACAUAAAAUAAAUUUUUAGUACAUCCCAUCGCCAUCACUGAUGACUACAGCAUCUGGUACCAUUAUUAUGGAAUAUUAACUGUGAAGCUAUUUAGUGUAAUAAGACCAUUUUGUAAAUAUAUGUACAAAGUUAUUCAAGCUUCUCUUGGGAUAUUAGAAGCAAGUUAAUUGCCAAUUUUUGUUUAUUUAUACAAGGAUAAGAAGGCACUUUUUGGUUAUGGGCUCUCCUUAGCAAAUAAACAACCAGACUCAAAUGUUCAUUAAAAUUUUCUUAUUUCAAAUUUUACUACAUAUAAGUUUAAAAAAUAAAUGCUGAUCUGUUAGUAACUAUUUUCGCUUUCAAUAAGUAUAUUUAUUAUAUUAUUUACCUUUGACAGGUCAAAUUUCAAUUCAGCAGAUCUGUGUCAUUUUGAUUAAAGGAGGAGAAUUUUUAUGAAAUGGCCUUGCUUUUUAGGCCAUCCCAAAUUUUUGGCCGCACUGUUUAUCACCUUCAGCGAUCCAUUCAGUUUUGUCAAACGCGAACUAUGCUUGCUGGAAGUUGUAUAGAUAGUAAGUAAAUAGGAUUAAAAAAUAAAUUUGUUUUCUCGUAAUUUGUUCAAUAUUUAUACCGUGGUUAAUUUAAAUCACAUAAUCUUUUAAAAUAAAUUUUAGUGCUAAACUGAGAUUUAACUGGGGAAAAAUAAUGCUAAAAUUGAAAUAUAUUUUCAAGUGUUCAUAGCAUCUAUUCCAUCAGUUUAAAAAAAGUAUAAAUUAAAUUAAAUUGGACUUGAAAAUUUAUAUAAAAAUAUCAAGAAAUACUACCAUUUACUACCACAGGCACAGGCACUAAUUUUAAAAUAACAUUUGGUACCUCAGCGCAGCAAGAGUUGUAUAACUUAAUGUUCAUAUCAUUUUCAAAUCAUAAAAAAGGUUAAAGAAAAUCUGCUAUCACCUAAGUAAGGAAGUUAUCUCAAAUGUUUAUCUAUCACUGCUGGUUCAAGAAAUAUGUAAACUUUGAUGGAUAUUUUAAUUUAAAGCACUUGAAACUUUAGCAAUUUACAAAAAAAUCAGUGUGUUAAAUUCAGUGUUGAACAGAUCAUUCUUGUUUCUAAACUUAUUCAUUAACAUUACUGAAGCAUUAUUUUUGAUGACCCAAAAUUAUGUCAUCAGUUUCUCAUGGAUUGGAAGGGGAACAGAAUCAAAUCCAGCAAGUUGCCUUGGAUUUCGCCAAAAAUGAAAUGUCUCCCUAUAUGCAAAAAUGGGAUGAAGAGGUAAAAAAAAUUUUUAAAUGUCAUAAUUUAUUUUGCUAAAUAUGAAAGCCAUCACAUUAUAUUAUUAACUUUUUUCCUAACUUAAUGUGUUUUCACAAAAAUAAACAGAUAUUGUUAUAUUUCAUUAAAUCAUUACCUUUAUAAAUGUAAACAAGUCUAUUACAAUAAUGGUAAUUUAUAAUUUUUGGAAUGAGCUUAAUGUUGCUUGAAAAAUAUUCAUUUUGUCAAUUUUUGCCUAUUCCCAUUUUUUGACCUUAAGAAUAGAGGCUAAUCUAAAAAGAAUUAGUGUGUAAUUUGUAUUGUGAAAAUGAAAAUAUAGCCAGAUAAUUAAGCUUAAAAUUGAGCUUUAUUAACUUUCAAAUUGUAUUUCAGGAAAUUUUCCCUGUAGAUACCAUGAGGAAAGCAGCAGCUCUGGGUUUUGGAGCUGUUUACUGUAAUGAAAAAUAUGGAGGUACUGGACUCAGUCGACUAGAUGCCUCCAUCAUUUUUGAAGCUCUUGCUACAGGUUGUUGUAGCACUACUGCAUAUAUAAGUAUACACAAGUAAGUUAUUGUUUGUAAACUUUUAUCUUUUAGAGACUGAUUUGUAAGAAGCAGUUUAUGAGCCAACCAAAUAGGUUGCAUGUAGACACAUUAAUUAUUUUUUAUUGAGAUGUUUAUAGAGCCCAAGAUAUUUAAUGGGCUAACAAGUUUACUCCACCAAGUGCAAAAUCUUGCUCUUUAACCACUUUUCAAGAAAAAAAAAAUUACUGUAUUUUAUAUUGAAUAUUUAUUGAUUUUAAUAAUCUCUUUAAACCAAUUUUGGCCCCCCGAAUUGUUCUAUUUGACGACUGCAAAUCCCCCCCGCCUCCCUCCAAGCAAGGGAUUCCACCUGAGUUUAUUGUUUUGUAGAGUUUUCCUUCCCCUUGCAUUUGACUUUUCCAAGAUCAUCACAAGGCAGUGUGGGUAGUAGCCCAUAGCAGGAGAUAAAAAAAUUAAUUUCUAUUUUACCCCCAGCAUGUGUGCUUGGAUGAUUGAUGAGUUUGGUACUGAAGAACUACGAGAAAAAUGGAUUGGUUCACUAGCAACUAUGGACAAAUUUGCUUCAUAUUGUCUUACAGAGCCUGGUUAGUAAGGACUAUUGUAAAAUGUUUUAAGAUACAAAAAUUAGGAUCUCUACAAUAUUUGUGUUCUUUAAAUGUAUCUACCUUUUUUGAAAGCAAAGAAGCUGUUAAUGGGAUAAAAUUUCCCUUGAUUGUUUUCAGUGUUAAUAAAAUGGCAGGUAUGAUUUUUAAUUUUUUCGUAGUUUUAGAAUUUAUGGUUGGCUUAGACAUACUUUUGAGUAGUUUAGGAGUAGCUGUGCUGUCAUAAUUCCCUAGGCAGAUAACUUAAAUUCCCUUCAUCAAAUUAACAGCAAGAUUAUACUUUUUAUUAUUUAGGGGACAAGUAUAUUAACAAUUAGAAAAUUAUACAAAUUAAUAUCAAAUUGCCAAAUUUAAAUUUUUUAAAUUUAAUUAGGGUCUGUUUUUUUUAAUGUAAUAAAAUAGCUUUUCUCUUUAUUCAUUGUGAACUCUAGGUGCAGGAAGUGAUGCUGUUUCACUUACAACAUCAGCUAAAAAAGAUGGGUCUGAUUAUGUGAUAAAUGGAGCCAAAGUAAAUACAGUUAAUCAUGUCUUUUUUUUUUAAAAUGAAAAGCUGUUUAAUUAACUCCUGCUUAGCAUUUUAUCCCAUCUUAUUUUAUGUAUUAAACAUGGGAUACAAAAACUUCACAUUCUUGGUUUAAGUUGCUUAAAAUCUGAUAUCCAGAAUAUCUAACUUGAAGAAUAUAAAGUCCAGUAAUUACCAGUAAUAUCAUAAAUAAAAAAACAUUUUUUGAGUAUAAUGUUUGUGACCAAUGUAAACUAGUUAACAGUCACAUUUCAGGCUUUUAUUAGUGGUGCUGGCAGGUCAGAUGUUUAUGUUGUGAUGUGUAGAACAGGAGCUGCCGGGGCCAAAGGUGUGAGCUGUAUACUUGUGGAUAAAGACUCACCUGGACUUUCUUUUGGAAAGAAGGAGAAAAAGGUGAGAAAUUUAUUCCUAGAUGUGGUUAGGACACUUCUCAGGGUCCUAGAUAGCAUUCAGUUUUUAGCAGUAGUCAAAUUAAAUUUCUACCUUUCUGAGUGUUUUAAAUCUGAAACUGUCAAAACAACUCGAAUCAUUUAUUGUUAUUUCAUAUAAUCUCUAUCACUGUUACAGGUGGGGUGGAAUACACACCCAGCAAGCAUAGUUUCAUUUGAUGAUUGCCGCGUACCACAAACAAAUUUGGUUGGUGCUGAAGGCCAAGGGUUUAACAUUGCUAUGAAAGGGCUCAAUGGAGGGAGACUAAAUGUGGGUGAGGACAGAAGCUGAUAAAAUCUUUGAUAUAAAAAAACUAUUUGACUGCAUGUAUGCAUUAAAUACUUUUUAGUUGUUUGUGCGUGGAUGUUUUGGCCAUGUAUAAUUUAAACCCACUGACCAACACGAAGUCCACCUAAUGUUUUGUUAACUUAAAGUUCAUGACAUGGUCCGAUAUGAUUUAAAAAAUGUUUCAAAUUAAAUAAUUCAUGUUAAAAUUAAGUAUAAUGGUUUUUAAACUUAAAGGCUUAUUUUGAACUGGAAAGAAAAAAAAGGUAUUUUUCCUCAUAAAUUAUAUUUUUGUUUUUAAAGAUAACGUAAACAUUUUUAUUGAUCCAAAUAAAUGGAAAUGUUUUUUAUUAGGAUGUACAUAUUCAUUUUCAGCACAUGCAUAUAUAUUCUUACAAAGACAAACUUGAAACAAACUAGAACAGUUUAACACAAGACAUCUAAAGUAUUUCUCAAGUGCAAAAAUCAUCCAUCUUAUGCCAUGGAACUUCAGUCAAUUAGUGACAAUAUUGACUUUCCGCCAAUCCCUGUGGUGCUACAGGCUACAGCCCAUGUAGGGCUUUGGCCUGCCUCACCACAUCCUUCCACUCAUACCUCAUUGAUGCUUUUCUUUUUUAUGCUGGGAUUCCCAGCUUCUAUAGAUCCCUCUCCACAUCAUUCAUCCAUCUAAGCGUAGGUCUGCCUUUGAGCCGUUUUCCUCUGGGGUUUUGGUGGUGCACCAUCUUCACUCCUUUGUCACUUGGAAUUCUUUCUAAAUGUACAGCCCAGCGUAGCAAGCCCUUUUUUAUUUCUGCUAAUAGUGUUGGAUCCGGAUAUAUACUAUGCAAUUCCUGGUUAGUGCCUGUAUUCCAUCCAAAUUCAUCAUUUGUUGGCUCUUAUAUUUUAUGGAGAACUUUUCUCUCCCAUGUGUUUAGCAAGUUUUUUUGCUGUUUUUGUUAGGGUUCAAGUUUCACUUAUAAAUGUUACAACUGAUCUGAUUACAGUGUUUCAUAGAUAGUUUUGUUUGUUUUUCUUGAGAUGUUUUUAGUUUGAGUAUUUUCUGCCUACUACUCUUUGUUUCCGGCUGAUAUUCUUUCUUUUAUUUCUGUUAGUAAGUGUUGGUAAUUCAUUUUUUUUAAAAUUUAAUAAAGAUCCUAGAUAUUUGAAUUGAUUUACUUUUGAAAAAGUGUGGUUUCAAAUUUUAAUGAUUUCAUCUGUGUGUUAUCCUCUUAACAUAGUCAUGUAUUUUUUUUUGGUUGUUAUCCAUCAAUCCGUUUUUUAGGGAUGCAUCUUCUAAUUCACUUAAAGCUUUUAUCUUUGCUACUUUUCCCUAACAGUGCUAUGUCAUCAGCAUUUGCAAGAUACCGAAGGGGUUGGUUGUAGAGAGUGCCUAUUGGUUGUGGGUCUUGGGUUUCCCCCAGAAAGUAUCCUGUCAUUGUUCCUCAAUAUGUCUCGAUGCGCAUGCUUCUUAUAACUCUCUCCCUCUUCCCAUUCUGUUGGAAUUUUCUCUUCUUGCAAAAUUGCAGUUAAAAGUUUAUGUGUCUGAGUGUGUAGUUCUCUUCCUCCAUAUUUAAUAAGAUCCGAUGUGAUGAGGUCUUCUGGCUUCGUUGUAUAUUUAUCUUGUAUUUCUGGUUUCCCUUUGGAUAGUGGUCAUUUGUGCCAUGUUCCUUUCUUCAACAGUCUCUCUGUAUUCAUUAUCAAUCCAACACACUCUACUAUUAGUUUGCUGAAAUCCUACUACUUUUUAUGCUGAUCUUGUCAUUAUGUUUUUUCAUCCUAUCCUGCGUUCAUCUAUGUUGUUUUCCCUGUUUAUUUCCUCCUGUGAUGCUUCUAGUUUAGCUGCUACUUCAUUUUGGUAAGAUUUUGCGGAUAGUUGGUAAUUUUUUGAUACCAUAAUCAUAUAAUUUUUCUCUUUGAUUUCGGCCAUUGUGUAUUAUGCUUAUUCUCUGCUUAUAUUUAGCCCUUACAAGUAAAUGAUCAGAGUCUGCAUCUGCUCCUGGAUAGCUUCUUACGUCUUUUAUGUCUGAUCCAUGCCUCUGAUCGAUUAGGACAAGGUCAAUUUGGUUGUGAGUGAUUCCAUCUGAUGAGUUCCAAGUAUAAUUUGUGUGAAAAUUUGGUGCUGCUGUCAUCCCUUCAUGUAGACUCUCCUUGCCAAUAGUUAGCAUAAACACAUUUCUUUACCUAUUUUGGCAUUAAUUAGAUUAAUAAGACACGAACAAAUUGUGUCAAUAGAACAAUUUGGCAUUAAUUAAAGUCGCCAAUCACUAUUUUAAUAUCAUGUCAUGGUGCCUUAUCAUAGAUUUGUUCCUGCGCAGUGGCGUAGCGAGGGUGUUUGGCGCCCGGGGACAAGAUUCGCGCCCGGGGACAAGAUCCAUUUUUAGCGCCCCUUUUUCUUUUUUUCAACUCUCAAACCCAUUAUUUUCAUCAAUAAAAUAAUAUCAAAGCACAUUUUGGCGCCCCUAACUAGCUGGCGCCCGGGGACAUCUGUCCCCCCCCCUGCCCCCACCACGCUACGCCUCUGUUCCAGCGUCUCAUAAAAGGAUUCUUUUAUCUGAUCUUCUAAUCUUCGGUGGGAGCAUGAAAAUUUAUAAAUGUUAUAUUAAACUUUCAUUUUCUGGUUUAAAACCUAUAACUGCACCGUCGGUUUCUUUCUUCACAGAAAAUCCUAUUCCAAAAUUGUUAGUGCUUUUGCCACUAUAAAAUAUGGUGUAGUCUUUUGUUUUGAGGCUGUCUGCAUUUUUCCAUGGAAUUUCUUGCAAUGCAGCGAAGGAGAUUUUUUAUUGUUAAUUAGUUGAUCUAUUAAUUUGGCUAAGGCUCCCACUCUUAACAGGCUUAGUACAUUCCAAGUCACAAUAAAAAAAAUCAUGUCCAUAUCCAGGCAUUUUUCGAUUUCCAUUAGAAUCAGUCCAGUUUUUAUUUUGUUGUUUGGCUUUCAUAAUUUUUAUUUUUUACAUGGCCAGGUCCUGCACACAACCAACUGGAGGGCUGCUCCUUACAGCUCUCUAGCGGCCUUAAUUUUCGGUAGCUUCUGAUUUUGGUCUGCCCCAGGAAUUUAAUUUCCCUAGUACCCAUCAUAUCUGGUGGGCUCCUGCCACCUGGGAAGGCGCUUGUUGGUAGAUCAAUAUCUUUGCACGAGAAUAUUGACUUUAAAAGUGAUUAUUUAGAUUUUGUAACCUCACAUUGAUCGAGAUAAAAUAUGUGGUUUCAUUCAUUUACUAUCAGUUUAAUCUUCCCAAAAUCAUAUUUUCAGUUAUUGCACUAGAAGUUAUAUAUUUUUUACCCAAAUUUGGGUGGGUUUUUUUUUGUUUUUUUUUAGUUUAUUUUUUGUGUUUUUCUUUUUAUUAAACAUAAAAUAAUUUGUGUUUCAGCCUCAUGUUCUUUAGGAGCUGCUCAUGCAUCAAUAGCAAAAGCAAGAGAUCACUUAAAAGUUAGGAAGCAAUUUGGAAAAACAUUGGAGAAUUUUCAGGUCUUAAAAUUCCUAUUUAAUAAUAUUUAAAUGGUUAAAAAAGAGUUGACUGCCAUAAUCCUGUUAAAAUUUAAAAUCUUGAAUAAUUUUUCAUGAAAGUUCAUAGAAUGAAUGAAAAAAUUGACUAACAUUGCUUAGGAAAAACUGAACAGAAAUGUUUUUAAAAUAUCUAAAGAUCCAAAUGUAUGAACAAUUUGCUAUGUAAAACUCUCAAAAAGGCUUUAAUUAUAUAACUAUAAUCAAUGCUUGUGAGAUUUUUUGAGUAUAUGCCGUUUUAGUAUUGGAAAUAUAACAUUGCAUAACUCAAUGCUUCCAAAGAACCAAUAUUGAAAGCUUGUGUUUAUUUUUAAGAAAUAUACACAGGGUAGAGGAAAAACAGAAGGACAAAAAAAAAGUGUAUCUUGUUUAUUUUUACAGUAUUUACAGUUCAGACUGGCUGAAAUGGCCACCCAGUUGUUAGCUUCUCGACUAAUGGUGAGAAAUGCGGCUAAAGCAUUAGAUAACAAAGAUCAAGAAGCAGUUGUUCUCUGUUCCAUGGCAAAGUUGUUUGCUACUGAGCAAUGCUUUGAGGUAAAGAUGUAAACUAUAAACUUGACAUUACAUGUAUGGUUAAUCCGCACCAAAUUUCUUGUAUUGUAACAAAUUAUAAAAAUUGUCUACCGUUAAUGACAUAAAGAUGCUGCUUAAAUUAUUGUUUUAACUCUUUAAAAUAGGCUAAUAUUUCAUUUGGUGUGUCCGAGAAAUUCUGACAUUUUAGUCUUAAAUUAUUUUUGGUCUUGAGAGUAAAAAAAUAAAACAUUGUUUUAUUGUAUACAUGAUUUCAUGUCAAUCUUUUUUCAAAUGGAAAAACAAUGUCAUACCGGGUAUCAAAAAGUUUAAUUAAACUAUGAAGCUUUGAAUAGUAUUGAAUGAUUUGUUCUGAUAAAAUUCAGAUUUGCAAUGGAGCCUUACAGUUGUUUGGUGGCUACGGGUACUUGAAGGACUACCCUGUCCAGCAGUACAUGAGAGACACCCGAGUACACUGUAUAUUAGAGGGUAUGCGAUCUUUACGAAUAACCUACUUAAACUUAAAGAUAAACUUUUUUUUUUCUUUUUUAAAUUUAUUUUAAAUAAACUAGUGUAGCAGUCAGAUUUUUUUUAAAAUUAGUACCAACAUCUAUCAAUAUGUGUUGGCAGCCAAACAACUUUCAGCCAGUUGAGUUGCUAAACCUUUAAGAUGAUUUGUCAUUUUCAGUCUUUACACUUCUUUUCUAUAUCGGUAUUUUAUAGGAACCAAUGAAAUCAUGCGAAUGCUGGUAUCCAGAGACCUACUGACAGAGAGAUGAGAAUUUUGUCAAAUUAUUGGAUAACUUAUGCUGAUAUUUAACUGUUGACUGAUCGAAUCAAACAUAUCAUCAUGUGGUGGUGUUUGGGAUAUUUGUUUUUCAGAAAAUUGUAAUGAUUUAUUGGAGAAGUUUGUGGCAAUACUCUUUGCUUUGUACAUUGUUAUUAUUAAUGUAAAUGUAAGGUAGUUUCAAACAGGAUUUGAGGUAAAUGAUUGUGUGCAGAUAUUAAAACGUAAAGGGCUUAUAAUAAAAAGAGGAAGCAGAUUUCAUUGCUGAGUUAGAUAUGGUUUCAGUGAGAUUUAAAGAAUAAAAUUACAGAAUACUUUAAUACUCUUUUUUUUGUUAUUUGUUAUUAUG